AUUUAGGUUGUUAUUCUUCCUUUCCUCUUUUUGCCAAGUGAUAAAGCCGUUUGGUAAUCUUCAAUGACUUUAUGAACUCCACUGUAACUUAUUCUCCACGCAAAUCACUAAACCAUAAAACUAAAAGAAAUUUAGGCUGGAAAUAUGUAAUAUUUGAUUUGCUGACACAAACGUUUGAGACACACCUUCACACCUUCUUGUAAUCAUUUUUUUUUUUUUAGAUGGCCGUACAUUUCAUUGACUAUAAAGUUUAAAAUCACUCCCACCUGUCAAAAUUACUGUAGAUUAGAUUAGAUUAGAUCAUAAAGGAUUGUCAUCUGUGACAAACAAAAAAACAACUCGAGGGAGAAGGACCAACCCCAAAGUUUUAGCCUGCCUCUUCCUGAAAGUCUUUAUAUAACCGAGAGCUACUAAGUAACAUGCAGAUGUCAUUAAUGUGUCACUUAGACUCUUUAUUUUGCGAGUAAAAGAGGUGUUUUAAUUGUAACCGGAUAACAAUCUAAGCUACAUGGCAGGAAAAUAGCUUUUUAUCAUCAGUGAAAUUAUUACACGCCUUGUGCCUUUUGGUCCCCAUAGAUCAUUAACUACCUUCGCAUUUAUUGUCUGCUCAACACUUGGAGCCAUCCAGACUCCAGCUACCUGCUCGAGAGAUGGUUGGAAUAUCUCACUGAACUGGCUGAAAUGGACCGAAUGAAAGACAGAAACCAGGAAAUAGUCGGAUAUAUCGCUUAAUUGUUUAAGGUUUGAAGGAAGUCUAACAGAAAACACAAUUAAAUCUGUUGACUGAGUAAAUCUGUUUGUUUUUUUAGUGUCACAUACUCCAUUAUUUAUUUAAAUUGUUCACUUUUUGCGUUUAAGAUUUAUACAUUUGUCAAUUAAAUCUAUUUAUUAACAACUACACAAAGGUAAGGACUUUUUUUUAAGCUUUUCUUUUAUAAAAAACGAUGGUUGGAACAGGUGGCCCUGUGGCCACGUUCUCCGUUUGGGACUAUGUAGUGUUUGCGGUAACGAUUGUGGGGGCUGCUGGCAUCGGCCUUUUCCAAGCCAUCCGAGGCCGCAAGGAAAGCAGCAGUGAUGAGUUUUUGUUAGGUGGGCGACAAAUGACAGCAGUGCCAGUGGCCAUGUCCCUCACUGCUAGCUUCAUGUCUGGGAUCACCGUCAUUGGAACACCCGCUGAGGCGUACCGGUUUGGUGCUGCUUUUUGGGUUUUUGGCAUUUCCUACACCAUCAUGUCCACCGUCACCGCUGAAAUUUUUGUUCCACUAUUUUACCGGUUGGGGAUCACCAGUGCUUAUGAGUAUCUUGAGCUGCGCUUCAGUCGACCCAUUCGAUUAAUUGGAACAUCUAUGUACAUCGUACAAACGGUUUUGUACACAGGCUUAGUCAUCUAUGCUCCAGCUCUUGCCCUGAAUCAAAUCACUGGAUUGGAUCUGUGGGGUGUGCUGGUCGCGACUGGACUCGUUUGCAUAGUCUACUGUUCUUUGGGUGGCCUUAAAGCAGUCAUCUGGACAGAUGUGCUGCAGAUGGGCAUCAUGCUGGCAGGAUUUAUUGCUGUCAUCGCUAGAGGAGCUGUAAUAAGAGGAGGCCUGGGCCAAAUCUGGGAAGAUGCUAGACAAGGAGGCCGACUGAAAGCUUUUGACUUUGACCCUGACCCCCUGAAGCGCCACACCUUUUGGAGCAUAGUGAUUGGUGGCAGCAUAAUGUGGGCUUCUAUCUACUCAAUCAAUCAGUCCCAGGUGCAGCGCUACAUCUCCUGCAAAACGCUGGGCCAUGCCAAGAUGUCUCUGUACGUGAACAUGGUUGGCCUGUGGGUAACAGUGAGCCUGGCUGUGUUUUCUGGCCUCACCAUGUACUCAAUUUACAAGAAUUGCGAUCCACUGUCCAAUGGUGAUGUUUCUGCCGCCGACCAGCUGCUUCCUUAUCUUGUGAUGGAUAUCCUGGCAGACUUCCCUGGGAUUCCUGGCCUGUUUGUAGCUGCAGCAUAUAGUGGCACUCUAAGCACUGUUUCUUCCAGCAUCAACGCUUUGGUUGCUGUCACUGUGGAGGAUUUCAUUUUUCCUGUAUGGAAAAAUCUCACACAGAGACAAAUAUCUUGGUUGAACAUGGGCCUAAGUGUGUUCUUUGGAGGGGUGUGUAUUGGAAUGGCAGGAGUUGCUUCGUUGAUGGGUGGCGUUUUGCAGGCUGCUCUGUCCAUAUUUGGUAUGAUCAGCGGGCCUCUUCUUGGUCUUUAUUUAUUAGGGAUGCUUUUCCGCACACCAAAUUCAACAGGAGGACUUGUGGGCAUGGUCACUGGUCUAGUGUUGACUCUGUGGGUGGGAAUUGGAGGCCAGGUUUAUCCACCAACAGCCGACAAGACGAACCCUCUUCCUCUCACCACUGCAGGCUGCAACAACACAAUGAGCCAAAACUACACAACCGCAACUCCCUGGGCCACUUCAGCAUCACUGACCACACAAUCAAGUUUCAGGCCAGAUAUAGCGGAUUCUUGGUACUCCCUGUCUUAUGUCUAUUUGUCUCUCCUUGGGAUGCUGGUUACAAUAGUGUGUGGCCUGCUGAUAAGUGCAAUCACAGGUGGAUGUAAGCAACAGAAAAUGAACCCGGACCUGUUUGUAAAGAUGAGUGACUUGAUUUGCUUCAGGUGUACCAAUAAAUCAAAGACAACAGAUGACAAAGAAAAGUCCUCAACAGACCAUCACAUGGCAGUUCACAUUUCAGCAGACUUGGACAUCAAAAACUUGGAGACAGAAAAAUCCACAAAACUCUAAUUCUGCUGCGUCUAACUCCUUGAAAUGUUUCUUUGCUAAAACCAUUUAUGCUGUUAAAACAAGCUAUUGUAAAUAGUGUUUCUUCUUUUUAUGUUGUUGUAAUCUAAGCUGCCAUGUGACUUCCUCAUUCCUCAAGACACAGGCAUCUAGUUUCCUUAUAACCAUACUAACAUUUCACAAUAAAAUAAACUUUUACAUUUGUGAUAAAAUCUGGAAAACCUUUAACUAUGUUUUAUUUGGUUGAGAUGUUUAAUGGGAAAAGUGUUAAACAGAAAAUAAUGGUUUGUAUGUUCAAGUGAAUUUAAAUCUAAAGAGAUUCAAGUCCAAUUGUGUUUAAGUGCUUGAAUAUUUAACAGCAUUGAUUUAAAACAGCCGUAUUGUUCAAUUCUAUUUGUGUGUAUACUGAGAUUGAUCCGCUCCGGCUUUUCCUUUUAUUGUUGUAGAAUUAUGUUGCUUUUAUCACCCCAUCCUUGAGCGUUUUCAGUGAUAUAAAAUAUUGCCAGAACGUUGUACUCUUUUCUUUUUUUACUCAGACACAAAACCUGGACACCAACAGCCAUAUUGUUUGUUUUUAUAAAAUGCUUUGAGCCUGUUGCAUUAAACCACCAUGUUUUCUUC